GCAGGGGGCGGGGCGCAGCGAGGAGCAGGGAGCAGCGGCCGGCUGGCAGCGGCGGCGGCGGCGGCGGGCGGCUGCUGGCACCAGCUGCGCGAGCAGGUUACCCGCGGCGGAGGUAGCCAGGCCGCCCCAGAGGGGCGAUCGCGAAGGCUAGGGCUCCGGCCCGCCUCGCCCUGAUGCUGCGGUGAGCACUCCAACUCCGCGCACUUGUCGCCGCGCCCGGCCGGCCCCAGCCCCGAGCGAUCCGGCGUUCCCCGCCCCGCCAACCCCGGCCCUACCUGAGGCCGCCGUCGGGGGAGGGGUGUCCCCCCAGCUCUGCGGAGCCGCAUGAACAAUAGGCGGCGGCGGCUCCUGCGGGCGGCGGCAGCCCCGCACCCUAUGGAUCGGCCGCUCCAUGGAGCCCUCCAGAGCGCUUCUCGGCUGCCUGGCGAGCGCCGCCGCUGCCGCCCCGCCGGGGGAGGAUGGAGCCGGGGCUGGGGCCGAGGAGGAGGAAGAAGAGGAGGAGGAGGCGGUGGCGGCCCCCCGGGAGCUGGGCUGCGGCGCGCCGCUGCCCUACUGGACGGCCGUGUUCGAGUACGAGGCGGCGGGCGAGGACGAGCUGACCCUGCGGCUGGGCGACGUGGUGGAGGUGCUGUCCAAGGACUCGCAGGUGUCCGGGGACGAGGGCUGGUGGACCGGGCAGCUGAACCAGCGAGUGGGCAUCUUCCCGAGCAACUACGUGACCCCGCGCAGCGCCUUCUCCAGCCGCUGCCAGCCCGGCGGCGAAGACCCCAGUUGCUACCCGCCCAUUCAGUUGUUAGAGAUUGAUUUUGCGGAGCUGACCUUGGAAGAGAUUAUCGGCAUUGGGGGCUUUGGGAAGGUCUAUCGUGCUUUCUGGAUUGGGGAUGAGGUCGCUGUGAAAGCAGCUCGCCAUGAUCCCGACGAGGACAUCAGCCAGACCAUAGAGAACGUCCGCCAGGAGGCCAAGCUCUUUGCCAUGCUGAAGCACCCCAACAUCAUUGCCCUUCGGGGGGUGUGUCUGAAGGAACCCAACCUCUGCUUGGUCAUGGAGUUUGCUCGUGGAGGGCCUUUGAAUAGAGUGUUAUCUGGGAAAAGGAUUCCCCCAGACAUCCUGGUGAACUGGGCCGUGCAGAUUGCCAGAGGGAUGAACUACUUACAUGAUGAGGCGAUUGUCCCCAUCAUCCACCGCGACCUUAAAUCCAGCAACAUACUGAUCCUCCAGAAGGUGGAGAAUGGAGACCUGAGCAACAAGGUUCUGAAGAUCACUGAUUUCGGCCUGGCUCGGGAAUGGCACCGAACCACCAAGAUGAGCGCGGCCGGGACGUAUGCCUGGAUGGCCCCUGAAGUCAUUCGUGCCUCCAUGUUUUCCAAAGGCAGCGACGUGUGGAGCUAUGGGGUGCUGCUUUGGGAGCUCCUGACUGGUGAGGUGCCCUUCCGGGGAAUCGAUGGCUUAGCAGUCGCUUAUGGAGUGGCCAUGAACAAGCUUGCCCUUCCCAUUCCUUCUACAUGCCCGGAACCUUUUGCCAAACUCAUGGAAGAUUGCUGGAAUCCCGACCCCCAUUCACGCCCAUCUUUCACGAGUAUCCUGGACCAGCUAACUACCAUAGAGGAGUCUGGUUUCUUUGAAAUGCCCAAGGACUCCUUCCACUGCCUGCAGGAUGACUGGAAACACGAGAUUCAGGAGAUGUUUGACCAACUCAGGGCCAAAGAAAAGGAGCUACGCACCUGGGAGGAGGAGCUGACGCGGGCCGCGCUCCAGCAGAAGAACCAGGAGGAACUGCUGCGGCGUCGGGAGCAGGAGCUGGCAGAGCGGGAAAUCGACAUUCUGGAACGAGAGCUCAACAUCAUCAUCCACCAGUUAUGCCAGGAGAAGCCCCGGGUCAAGAAGCGCAAGGGCAAGUUCAGGAAGAGCCGGCUGAAGCUUAAGGAUGGAAAUCGCAUUAGCCUCCCUUCUGACUUCCAGCACAAGUUCACGGUACAGGCCUCGCCCACCAUGGAUAAAAGGAAGAGUCUGAUCAACAGCCGGUCCAGUCCUCCUGCAAGCCCCACCAUCAUCCCUCGCCUUCGUGCCAUCCAGUUGACACCAGGCGAAAGCAGCAAAACCUGGGGCCGGAGCUCUGUGGUCCCUAAGGAGGAGGGGGAGGAGGAGGAGAAGAGGGCCCCCAAGAAGAAGGGGCGGACGUGGGGGCCAAGUACACUUGGUCAGAAGGAAUUUGCCUCAGGAGACGAAGGAUCCCCUCAGAGACGGGAGAAAGCUAAUGGUUUAAGUACCCCAUCAGAGUCUCCACAUUUCCACUUGGGCCUCAAGUCCCUGGUAGAUGGAUACAAACAGUGGUCGUCCAGUGCCCCCAACCUGGGGAAGGGCCCGAGGAGUAGUCCAGCCCUGCCAGGGUUCACCAGCCUUAUGGAGAUGGAGGAUGAGGACAGCGAAGGCCCACGGAGUGGGGAGAGUCGUCUCCCGCCGUCACCCAGCCAGUCCUACCUCUGUAUCCCAUUCCCUCGCGGGGAAGAUGGGGAUGGCCCCCUCAGCGACGGUGGUCACGAGGAGCCCACCCCGGUCAACUCAGCCACCAGUACCCCUCAGCUGACGCCAACCAACAGCCUCAAGCGGGGCGGCCCCAACCACCGCCGCUGCGAGGUGGCUCUGCUCGGCUGCGGGGCCGUCCUCGCUGCCACGGGCCUCGGGUUUGACCUGCUGGAAGCUGGCAAGUGCCAGCUGCUGCCCCCGGAGGAGCCCGAGCCACCAGCCCGGGAGGAGAAGAAGAGGCGCGAGGGGCUCUUCCUGAGAGCCAGCCGGCCCCGCCGGAGCACCAGCCCCCCAUCCCGGAAGCUCUUCAAGAAGGAGGAGCCCGUGCUGUUGCUAGGAGACCCCUCCACCUCGCUGACGCUGCUGUCUCUCUCCUCCAUCUCCGAGUGCAACUCCACUCGCUCCCUGCUGAGAUCCGACAGCGAUGAGAUCGUGGUGUAUGAGAUGCCCGUCAGCCCCGUGGAGGCCCCGGCCCUGAGCCCCUGCACCCGCAACCCCCUGGUCAACGUCCGAGUGGAGCGCUUCAAACGAGACCCAAAGCAGUCCCUGACCCCCACCCACGUCACCCUCACGGCCCCCGCGCAGCCCAGCGCCCACCGGCGGACUCCUUCCGACGGGGCCCUCAAGCCGGCUGCCCCUCCAGCCAGCAGGAGCCCCUCCUCCAGCAAUGGGCUGAGUCCCAGCCCUGGAGCAGGAAUGUUGAAAACCCCCAGCCCCAGCCGAGACCCAGGUGAAUUCCCCCGUCUCCCUGACCCCAAUGUGGUCUUUCCCCCGACCCCAAGGCGCUGGAACACCCAGCAGGACUCUACCUUGGAGAGACCCAAGACCCUGGAGUUUCUGCCUCGGCCACGUCCUUCGGCCAACCGGCAACGGCUGGACCCAUGGUGGUUUGUGUCCCCCAGCCACGCCCGUAGCGCCUCCCCAGCCAACAGCUCCAGCACAGAGACACCCAGCAACCUGGACUCCUGCUUGGCCAGCAGCAGCAGCACCGUGGAGGACCGGCCAGGCCUGCCAGCUCUGCUCCCCUUCCAGGCGGGGCCGCUGCCACCCACCGAGCGGACGCUUCUGGACCUGGAUGCGGAGGGCCAGAGUCAGGACAGCACUGUGCCGCUGUGCAGAGCUGAACUGAACACACACAGGCCUGCCCCUUAUGAGAUCCAGCAAGAGUUCUGGUCUUAGCACGCAAAGGGUUGAGGGUGGGCAAGGGGGGACGCAGGAGGAGACGGGGAGGGGAGCUGGCUGGCACAGCCCUUUCUCAGAAUUGGACCCCCCUGAGCCUCCCGCCCUACUUCUUGCACUGAUAAUGCACUUUGAAGAUGGAAGGGAUGGAAGCAGGGCCCCUUCAGAGGGCUUCUCACCCUGCAGGGCCCUUCUCCCUAGGUCCGCUGGAGGGGUUGUGGCCAUCAGCUCUGGCUGUGUGGGGGAGGGAGGGGUGCGUGCAUGUCCCCCACCCUCCACAGUCUUCUCGCCUUCAGGGUGACUCUGCAGAGUCACUCAGCCGAAUCUGCCUGCUGCUCCCUCUCUUCAGCCCCCAGGGGGUGCCCUCCUGGGGUCCCUCUGUUAGCCCUGAGUUCAGCCUUCCCACACACCCAGUACUGGAUGUUCUCUGAUUGAUUUUGCUCCUCUUCCAUGUGCUUUCCCGACACUCAUGAAUGAGAAUCUCGUUUGGUAUGAGAUGUGAGCUUUUCUGCGUCCUAAGCCCUAUGGUGCCGGCUGGAGAACGAAAGGCAGAGUGCCCCCUCGUUGGGCACAGGAAUUGAGGGAGCUGGGACCGCCUGCUGCACUUCCGUGCACCCCACUUCUUUAUUUGAGCCUCCCAGUGGUACGGGACCUGCCUUCGUGAGAACUGGAAGGAGGAGGGAGUUAGGAAAUACAGUCGAGUUGCAGUAAAGAGGGUCACAGAGUCUGUCUGUCCUCGUUUCUUUUAUAAACACUCAAAGAAGGGCAGAAACCAGCACAUGUUGACAGCACCCAUCUCCUGCCUGGGGGUCCAGACGUGGUCAGACCCGGUUCUGAAUCAAAUAUGCACUCAUCCCAGGAAUUGCCUGGGGAGGCUCAAUCUCUGGUGUCAGUUCUGAAACCAGAGACAAAGUUCCUGUGUUUGCCCCUUUUGUCAUCUGAUCUGUAUGUGUCUUCCCUUGCCUUGAUCUGCCCUCCAGUCCCUGGAAUUAGUGGAUCUGGGGUUACAUGUUUGGUGGGGAGGUAUCUCUACCAUGCACAGAAUAGCAUGUAGAAUCGGGUCCUAGACACUGGGAGUUGGAGCCAUGGGGCUUCCUGCUUGCCUGUCAUCAUUCUGCAAUGCCCAUAAAGUCAAACGAGCCCUUAGUUCCUUAUGUGAAUGGAUGUGGUGGGUGACGAUAUCUGUAAGGUGCCCUGUGAGCCCCUCAUGUACCCUCAUCUUCAAGUCCGAGUGUUGGAGACCGACCAGGGCUUCUGGUCUCUGUGCACAGGUAGCCCCUGCUGCUGGGCCCCAGACUGUGAGUUGGAUAGGAAGGAACAGAGGCCAAUCCUGGCUUUUCUGGAAUUCAUUUCCUUGGCUUGAAUGUUGAGCUUCUGGAGCUUUCUCACAUGGGUCUCCUCCCUUCCUCUUACCCUCAGGCUCCCAAGGCUAGUGUGAACAGUUGUCUUUGAGUGGGGAUAACGACAGGAGUCCUUAGUUCACGCUCCUCCCGACCCAAGACUCUCUGUGUCACUCCCCCGUCGUUUAUCCUGGCUGUUUCUCUGCAGGCUUUGGAGGCCCGCCUGCAGGUUCCUUGCGUUUGCUGCCCGGGUGCAGGACAGGAGAGCAGCGAUGUUGGCACAAGUGAUGGAUUUGGUCACUGCUCUCUCUGUGACUAUGCUAGAAGUCCUGCCCUGAGGAUGGCAAAAUGAGUGACCUUGGUUUUCAAGUUGUUCCUUGUUUUACAAGCCCACUGGCAGGCACUUAGGUUCAAGGGCCCCACCUACUUUUGGGCGGGGAGGCACUGUUGGUUCUGUUGCCCAGGGUUCUACUGUUGCGUCUCCUUUCUCUCUGUUUCUUUGUUCAGCGAAGACAGUCCAAAGGAGAUGAUUUUUGCCCCCGACCCCACUCCUUGGCUGGGGGGGGCGGGGUACUUGAAUCCCAUCAGCUCAGCCAACCAAGUGACUGCUCUUCAUUCUCAGAUGGCCUGUGCCCUUUCUGAGGGCUCUCCAUGGCCCCAGGCCCUAAGCCACCUUCACAUCUCUAAACCCUUGGCCCCAGUCUCUGGUCUUCUGGUGGGUGCAGCCUACAGUGUAGUCCAGAACACCCUGGCUCUGGCCAGCGCUCUGGAAUGAGGCAAGGAGUCUUUGCUUAUUUUCUGGUUUUUGUCGUUUUGUCUAGAGUAAACCCUUGCCACUGGGUGACAGCUGGAACCCAUCUCCUCCUCAUCCACCUAGGGGAUGACAAGGGAAGGUGGGGGUUCUACUGUGGGAGGAGCUAUACCUACAAGAGGCAGAAGCAGGGUUAUUACGAAGAUGCUUCUGUGGGCUUCCAUGAUGACGGGAGGCCUUUCCAUCUCAGUUCCUUCAGACUGGGUCUCAGAGGGGCCCCCAUCUGCCACUCCCUCUCUCUGGGGCAAGGCUUGGGUGGGAUAGGAUCCUAUAGAAUAAGGUUUGGGUUGCCCCCCUUUUCCCUUUCCUCAGACACUUUCCACUGCUCUUGGCGGGUGCUCCUUCAUGGAAGAUGGUAAUGGAAAACAGAUACUGCUCUCUGCCCCUCUGGCUUCUUCAGUUCGUUCCACUGAUUCUACAUAGGAUUGUCCUCUGUCCUUGAGGAUCCAGGUCACUGCCAGGGGCUGAAUAGAUGUCCCAGUUAUUUCCAUAUGUUAUGUCUAAGAGGCUUUGAAGGAGGCUCUUAGCUUCACAUCCUUUAGUAUCGGGAGAGUCUAUUGUGAUGAUGAUGGUGAUGGUACCUGACAUUUGGAUGACUCAGGAUAGGGCUAACCCUUCCUCCUAACCUUUACAAAAGUACGUUAUUUGCCUUCUACCUUUGAUAUACUUGGUGGUAGAGAAGGGGAACGGAGAAGGCAAUGGCAGCCCACUCCAGUGUUCUUGCCUGGAGAAUCCCAGGGAUGGGGGAGCCUGGUGGGUUGCCGUCUGUGGGGUUGCACAGAGUCGGACACGACAGAAGCAACUUAGCAGCAGUAGCAGCAGAGAAGGAGAAGUGCUUAAAGAUGAAGAUCCAAGUGAAGAGAAGUUAAUAAGCUGCUUGGACCCAUUGCUGAGUUGGGCACCCGGCUCUAGGACUGAAGGCAUUGGCUCUGUUCUCUGUUCUGCUUUUGCUGUCUGACCUUGGACUUGUCUCUUAGUCCCUCUCAGGUUUCCUUCCUGUAAGAGCAGCUGUCACCUGCUCCCCUCACAAGGGCAAAAAAGCGUGCAUCAGAGCAGGUCCGAGAAGCCCAUGGCUCCCGGCCAGCACACAGGACAAACUGCUGAAGUUGACGGUGCGGUCCCCACCACCUUUGCCUCUAGGGGACUUGCCUACUUCCUCUGGCUUCUGGAAGAGGCAAGAUUUGGAGUUGGCCUAAUGACUAAUGGGGACCGUGGUCAGGCACGUGCUCUUCUGCUGUAUUUAUAUGGCACCUGGUGUUUAGAAGCAUCACUCCUAAUUCCCCCACUUAAGUUGUUAGGCUGAUCAUCCUACCAUGAGUGUCUUAUGGAGCAGGAAGUGGGAGACAGGGAGCUGGAAGCAGCACCAAAAUGAUGAUUUAGGGCCUCUCGUUUCUUUGAGUCAUUUCCCAGAGUCUGAUGUGUUUUGAGGCCGGAGUCAGGCCACUUCCUGAAACUAUCUUUAGGAAAGGGUCUGCUAGCCCAUGGGACACAUGUCAUGGUGGGGGCUUCAUCACAAGACUGCUUUUCCCUUAGACCACAGGUGCUCAGGACACAAGUCACCCCAAGAGCAUCUAGGCCUGAUACCGUGUCAGCAUUCUUGCUUACAGCACCCUGUGGGAGACUCCUUCCCGCCCCCUCCCCUAGAAGGAAGGAACCCCAUCUUGAGCAUUCCUAACUCUUCAAAGUACAGAGCAGCGGGUAUUAAAGGACAGCUGUGAGUGGUACCUGCAGGGUUGGUAUGUCCAUGCGGGUGUGGCAGGCCCCUCUGUAAAUGCAGACCCUUGACCAUUUCCACACUUGUCUCAUUUAGCCCACCUCUUUGACUCAGGUGUGUGAAGGCAGGUCAGAAACACUGUUGUCUCUUAAAGAAUUUCGGGGAGAGGGAAGGUGCUGCUGCUUCUGUAGUGCCAGGCUCUUGCGAGGUCUCUGCCGGAGACUGUGGACGGGGGUUGGGGGAAAGCCACCCAUGAUGCCUUGUAAGGGAACGGGCGGCAGGAAACUGGUGAUCAGAGCUACCCACCCACUAGUGUGAUGUCACACACGUCUCUCCCUCUCUCUGGAUCUCUGAGCCCAGCUGUGAGCCCAGGGUGAUGCUGCCUUCCCCACCUGUAGCACGAGACCCUUCUAGCUUGAAAGUCUGUAGGUCCCAGGGCCCCUGGUCCAGCACUGAUAAGCCUCCCCUGGCUGGGUUGCUUCCCUUUGUGGAGGACUGUGUGUGUGUGUGUGUGUGUUUGAAAGUCAAAUAUUGGCGCACUUGUGUGGUUUGACUGACUAGACCACCUGCUUCUCUCCUUGGCUUCAGGCCUGAGAUGCCUACUUGUCAAGUCACAGCUAUUAUGAGGAACACAUUCCCAAAUGUCUCUCUUUGGUCAGACGUAUCAUUAUUUUCUUAGAUCAGGAAUUCAAAUGAGUAAAACUCCACAUCAGAAGGGGAAACCCUCUGCUGCUUCCAGGGAGGCCUCAUUCCCUGGCUCUGCCCUGGCCUUGCUGCCCAGCACCCACCACCGCAGUCACUGGCAUUGGAAGGGCAGGAGGCAGAAACUGGAGUCCUGGCUGAUUAAGGCUAAUUAACAGGGUUGGGGGGGGGGGUAGGUGUCUAAUUAGCCUGACCUGGCCCUGCGCUUCUAGUUGGCCCUAUGGCCUGGGUGAGCCUCACAUUUGCUUAUUUUCCAUUUGUCCCACUGCACUAUUGACAGGCUUCACUCCUCCUUUGUCCAUUUCAGAUCUUGGGCCCUAGGGGAGCACCCUGGCCUCCAGAGGCUGCUCAGGGAGCUGUGAUUUCCUCUUCUGAAGGUUGGGCUACUCCAUGAUCUGGAGCCAGUAGGACUGGUCCUUCCUGAUUCUUCUUGGCUGUGGUUCUCUGCAUCUCCCGCCCAUGGCCUGGCUUUGGGUCUUUCACUCAUGACCACAGCUGGAAAUAGAGAGGUGUCUCAGGGCCCAGCUGUUGGCAGAGCCAGGAGCUUGUCUACUCCUGUCUUUGUUUCUUUUGGAAACAGAGUUGCCUUUCCCCUGACCCAGUCUCCCUCCUGACUGGUCUGAUCCACCCUCCCUGCAAACACCCACAAUCUAGUUUUUCCCGCCUGAUGGGCAGGCGUGAAUCUGGCAACUAGAUAGGAGUCUCAGGACGGACACCAGAGUACAGUGCCAGAGGUUCAGAGACAGGCCUUUCCUGUUGAUUGUGUUGGGUGGACGUCCAGGAAAUCAGAACCCAGAGGUCGGAUUGGUUUACCUAGAGGGGUCCUGGUGGAUGAUGGCCCCACAGAGAUAGUGGUCUUUCUCUACACUUCCUGAAGUGUAAAACCAAGUUUCAUAAGUAUUGGGUUAGCCAAAAAGCUAGUUAGGGUUUUUCCAUAAAAUACAGAAAAUGUGAACAAACUUUCUGGCCAGUCCAAUAACCUGUUGCCUGUGUUCCUGAAAUCCUUCACAUCUAACUACUUGCUUUGAGAGAUAUGACAUUUAAAAAAUUUUUUGAUUUUAUGUUCAUCAUGAAUUUUUCAUUAAUUUCAAUUUUUGAAAGUACUGCUUUGAAAUAUGAUUCAUCGGGAUAGCAGAGGGUUGUUUUGGUGUUUUUUGUGACCCCCUUAAAUUUUAUCCAAGGCGAAUUGCCCCACCUUAUCCUGGCCUCAGCUCUGUUUGCCCCUCACCUGAACACGCUGAGGGCAGACCUGUGAGGUAGGCUUGGAUCUUUUCUGGUCUUCCUUCCUUUCAGGUUCUGAGUUGGGUGGUGACCCUGGAAGUGUCUGCAUAGGAAUGUGUUGACUUAACAGCAGUGAGACACCGAGGGCAGUUUUCAGCCUUGGCCCUGUGGCUGGGGUGACUUUUCCUGGAUGUCCCCUAGCUGCCUGUCAGCCUCUCUGAAACCCUGAGGCCGCUUAGAGGAGGGCAUGUGUAAAGGGAAGGGAUUAUAGUGGGAAGGAUGCUUUCAAGUCUCCAUCUGAAAACUCUAGGACAUCUCUGAACCUGCAAAGAAGUGAAUAAACCGUUUUCCCAGUUCCAGAAAGGACCAAAAUGGACAGAGGCAUUUUUACUCUCUUCCAUAGGCACUCUACUGCCUGGCGCUCAGUGACCUUCAUAAUGUCAGCCAUCACGUCACCUCCAUCGGUAUCCUUUUCGCUACUGUUAUUAUUCUCUGUCAUCUUUAUUUUACUCUCAUCAUUUAUCUUUCCCUCCAGUUCCAGAGGCCAUGCUGGCUAUGGCUCUUUGCUUCAUCACUGUCAGAAUGAGGCAUGGGUUCAUCCUGGUCUGGGUGUGAGGACUAAUAAUAAAUUAUGUGAAACCAUUAUAUUUCUUCUAGAUGAGUGGUGCUGUCCUGAAAGUGUAUAUUUUUUCUUUUCUUUUCUUUCUUUUUGACUCACUUACCCUGGGGGUGGGGUGGGAGUAUAUUACCUCCAGCUAAGAAUGUGGAAACCGAGGCUCAGAUGGUUAUAGGCCCAAGGUCACACAGCUAGGAAGGAGUGUUGCUGAUCUGUUGGCUCCAAAGUCAUCUCUUGUUUUCUCCUGAGCACAUUUUAGGCCACUGUUUAGACACUCUGGGGUAAAGUCAGCCUAGCUUAGGUCCACCAUGGCUCUGAGAUGGUUCUCUAUCCAAGGAGGAGUUGUCCUGUGACCAAUCUACCACCAGCCUCUGAGACUGGAGACACCCAACAGGGCUUGCAAUCUCCCUGGAGCUCAGUUGACCUCCUCUCUGCGCCUGCUACUUCUUCUCCAUCGUUUCCUCUUGAUGAUUGUUCAGGGGGUGUUGAAUAUGUCAAUUGCGUAGCUCUUCUCCCAGGAUCACCAAAAGCCUGUGGGCUCUCGCUUCUUUUUCCAGCCCACAGGUGCCCCAUGACUGACCACUCUUUACCGCAGCUUUGACCCACAUCCCUCUGGGUCUCUCAAAUUUGGAAGCCUUAUUGUAGCUCCUCUUGCGAACUUGAAAUCAGGCUUUUGUCUUUUUAUUGUAUCAGAUCACAUGCCCUUGUUACCCAGUUGUGGCAAAGAAGGAAGGUGAUGAACUUGUCCACUUCUUCCUCUAAUCUUCCUUACUACCAACGCUAAACACACACACUCAUGCUCACACAGUCACACUCUCACACUCACACACAUGUUCACACACACAUACACACAGAUUUAGUCUGAGACUGUAUCAGUAUUUUCUAGGGAGGUUAAGGAAAGGAGCUGGAGAUGGGUUUUAUUUUACUCACAGAAAACCUUUCUUUGGGAUUUUCCUCCCCAUUAGAGCCUUUGAGUCUGGGUAAAAUGGAAGUUCACAUACCCCCCUGGUCUUGUUCCUUUGUGUGUAGCUCCUAAUUUUCAUUCCCAGGCCUUCCCUGCUCCAGCGUCCUGUCCAUGUGUGCUGACCCUGUGUCCUUGAAUUCCCAUUUUGCUUUGGGAUUUAAGUUAUUGUAAUUUGUCAACAAUAUUUAAAAAUAGAAAAGUCCUGAAGGAAACUUAUCAGGUUCUUUUCUUUGGCUUUUUUUUUUUUUCAAGGUACUGUAAAUUGUUAACUAGGGAUGCCAAGCAGGCUUGGUUCAAUGGCUAAACCUCUUAUCAUAUUACAGCGUAAGGCUGAUCUCAGCCUGGUCUCACCACCAGAGCACACACAGACUUGAAUAAAACUGUUACAAUCAUGA